GCAAUUACGGUGCCCGUUUAUUAGUUUGCUACUACGAUUAUUGAUAUACAUACAUGGCAAUCACCAAGUUCCCGUGUGUUUCCACUAUCUUUUCAUUACACACUUUGUAGUACAAAUAAUCUUGUUCCCACGUUUCAGCAUCAUAAGAAAACAUCACAACAUAUAGCAAACUGCUGCUGCGUUUUUUCUAAUCCUAUCUUUUGAUACUAUCAUCAGCCGGUUUAUUAGCCACUUUUAUAGUAAUUAUUUCAGUGUUAUAUGGUUAUGACACCGUUUACCUCACGUUUGCAACUCGAACCCUGCUUCGAAGAGGCCCUGAAAGCGGAACAGACUCCUAGAUCGGAAUGGACUCCGGAAUCUCGAAGAGCUAACUGGACCAACGCCUCCCUUGAUCCGCAAUGGUUGAAACGACUGCCGACAGUCAUUGAGCAGGAAUUGACCAUUCCAAACAGAGCUGGUGAUGCCUCAAUUCAGUUGACCAUUAAUCGACCUUUAGGUACAGAAGACGUCAUCUUGCCUGUAAUUGUGUACCUACACGGUGGUGGAUGGGUCAUAGGUAACUCUUCAACGCAUCAUCGUCCGCGAACCGAGCUGGCUGUUGCUGCGCGAGCUGCUGUGAUCUUUGUUCAUUAUAGGUUGGCUCCCGAGUACAAGUAUCCGACCGGUUUAGAGGAUUGCUACGAUGCAGUGACGUGGGUAGGAACCGAAGCGAAUGCGCGAUCCAUCAAUGUGGAUGCCAACACGCUGGUCGUUGUAGGAGAUUCAGCAGGCGGGAAUCUAACUGCGGCAGUGACGCUCCUUGCCAAACAACGAGGAUUCAAAGGCAUACGUGCACAAGUGCUUUUUUAUCCUGUGACGGACUGCGACUUUGACACCGAGUCAUAUCACAGGUUUGCCAACUAUGAUCCAGGCCGGGAGCUUAUGCAAUGGUUCUUUGAUCACUAUGUACCCGACAACAAGGAGCGAGAGAAGACUACCGUGUCACCUUUGAAAGCGACGACAAAAGAUUUACAGGGCUUACCGCCUGCUCUGGUAGUGACGUGCGAGGCGGAUCCACUUUUGGAUGAAGGUGAGGCAUACGCACGGAAAUUGUUGGCUGCUGGGGUGGAUACUACGGCACUCCGAAUCUUGGGAUUCGGCCAUGGAUUCUUGGAUAUGUGCUUUUAUGACAGUAGUGCGGCACAAGCAGGGAUUGAUCAGGCAGUGGCCAUGCUCCGUAGAAUCUGGAAGGAGUAGCCUUGUUAUGCUGUAUACUAGAUGUUGAAUUGUCUAGCAAACAAAUAGUAGCGUGUCAGCUUGAUUAAAAGAUAGCCAAUUCUUUCUACGAGGCUAUAAGCGACAGUUAGGAUGGUGAAUGUACAUACAUCAACUUGAGUGAAGACUGGAAGGAAUCAGCUUUUACUAGCUUGUACUUUUUAUGCCCUCCUUAUAUUCCCACUCUCUCGGAUCAGCCCACCACCACUACGGUAUAACCGCAUGAAGAUCCUCAAGUUGUUACAAGUACUUGUUGUAACCAGUCAUGUAACUUUUCCUUUGGUGAUCUCUUAUAUACUCGGAAAGUUCGCUUUUGAGUUCCGAGAUCAACCGCUGCAUACAAGUCCAUUCGUCAAUGGAGAAUAUAAAAAAGGAGUAUCUAAUGAAACAUACUAGGCUACUGUCUGUUUCACGGGACAAGACGGUCCCAAAUUUGUUG